AUGCACUAUGACUUAUUAUUAUUCAGUAUUGUUUUAUUUUGUACUACUACAUGGUCAUUAAAACUACCGCAAAAUGUAUCUAUGGAAGUUAGUAACUUAAAUAAAACACAAAGCAAUUCGAAAUUAUUACAUGGGAUAAUUAUCUAUUUACAAUGUUUAAGAUUGUAUAGUGAAAUAAAUCAAAAUGGUUAUUGGUCUGAUAUAUGUGAUAGUAAUGAAGCACUGUCACCAUAUUUAAUGAUGACUACACAAUCAAUUUGUGCACCUUCUAAUGUAUGGUAUAAAACACCAAGAUAUUGGCUUGCUUAUCAACAACCCUAUUAUAUUGGUUCAUAUAUUCUACUUAAACCAGGUCAAUGUGUUAAAAAUGUUAGAGCAUAUGGUCUACUAUCGAUUGGCUCGAUUCUUCAAUGUGCACAAAUUGCUUUAUUUGGGUAUUUACCUACACUAAAUUGUUAUUAUCCACAACAACCAUGGAGACAACUUGGUUCAAUAUCACCAUUGCCACCAGUAAUCCCAAUUACGCCUACACUAAUAGCAACUCAACAAACACAACAAUUAAAGACAGGAAGUGUUAGCUUAGUGGAUUUACAGAAAAGCAGUUUGAAUGUCACAUAA